CAGACUCCCUGCCGAGCCGGACGCACCGUGUCACGGGAAAGUUCGCCGAAAUCGCCGCAGAUCCUGAAGGAUCCCGACGCGUGCCGUCUGUUCCCCGUGUCCGCGGCUGCGACCGCAGUUGUCCCUGGUGUCCAUGGUGUCCCUGGUGCGUCCGCGAGCAGCCGGUGGAAGCAGCCAGUGUGAUCCGCAAUUUUCACAAAAGAGUCCCGAGAUUCGGAAGAGUUAGAUCGAUCCGUCUGGAUCGGAGGAUCUGAGGGAACGUGUCUCGAGUCAGCGAUUUGGCUGGAAGAGGCGCGUGAUCGAUCGGCAGAGUGCGAUUGGCAGAUUUGAGAUCUGUUGCAGUGAGGUGUAACUUGCCGCGCUGCAUGUGGAUGUCGUACUUUGAACGCUUUGUGAAACCAUUAUCAUCGCGCUUCGAAAACGUGUUUUGAGUUCCGAGAGACAAAACGCGUGAAGAUAUAGCUUCAUCGACUCUUCGCAAACGGGCGAUUCGUCUCCGCAGAGUCGUGGCAGUAGUUUGACGAGUUUAACAUUGUCAGGAAGGUCAAGAGGUGAAUCCAUCACCUUCUUCACUUCGAAAAAAUUGAUUUGGAAAGGCUGAUCGGAUAGUGCGAUGCUGAUCGCAUAAGAAUAUCGAUACUCGGCGAGGAUGCUGCGCGCGAGGAGCUAGGCAAGAAGAGACUUCUCAUUGAAGAUUGAAGAUUGAAUCUUGAAAUCUCCGCUCUUUCCUGGGACCCCGGAGAAAUAUCGCGACUUUUGAACGGCAACCGCGGCGAGGUAAAGGGCGAUGGACGCGACGGAGAGGUCUCGCAUCUUCGCGAAGCGAUUCGCGCGGCGCCGAGGGAUGGCCGGCGCUCUCUGAAAGCGCGGCCGGGAAAUCGCCAAAUCGGUUUUUCGAUCGGCUCUUUUUCGGGACGUGCACGAGCACGGACACGAGGCGGCAAUGUUGGCCCUCUAGAAAUGCGAAACGGGAAAAGAUGCGGAUAAAGAAGCGAAGCGUUCCCGUUGGGGUCUGGCUACUGCUGCUCGUGCUGCUGGCCCAAGAUGGCAGAUGCAUAAAAUGGCUCGGCCUCGGUCGCGUCAGCGAGACGCACCUGUGGACCAGAGAGGCGUGCACCAGUGCGAAGGGCGCUGGUCUGCUGGAGAGAAAACAGGCGAGGGCUUGCAGGGCCACGCCGGAUGUCAUGCCCAGCUUAGUGCAAGCCGCUAAGGACACGUCGAUGGUGUGCAAGCAGGCGUUCCGGCAUCGCAGAUGGAAUUGCAGCAGCAUCGAGCGCGCGCCCAACUACACACCCGAAUUGCUCACAGGAACGAGAGAGCAGGCCUUCGUAUACGCGAUGUCGGCCGCCGCUGCGGUUUGGCGACUCGCACGAGGAUGCGCUCUGGGGAGCCUCGCGGCCUGUUCCUGCGCCACCCCGCCGCGAAGGGAGCCACCCGCCCCCUCCGCCCUUAUCUCGCCGUCGUCCUUCACCGCCAUGUCCGUCUCCUUCGACACGCUGUCCGUGAGGAACUCCUUCAAGUGGGGCGGCUGCGGGGACGACGUGAGAUCCGCCUCGAGGAUGGCGAAGCGGUUUCUUCAGGGCGCGACGCCGCCCGGUACCAGCGGAACCGCGAAGUUCAUGCACGCGGUUAAUAUGCACAACAAUAGGGCGGGUCGGAGGGCGGUCGAGCAAUCCUUGACCUUGGAGUGCAAGUGUCAUGGGGUGUCGGGGUCCUGCAGCGUGCGUACCUGCUGGCGCGGCCUGGGCGCAUCGGGGCCUUCCGCCGCCGGAAGUCGUUUGCUUCGCAGAUACGCUACCGCGGCCGAGGUCAGACCGAGAUCCGGCGGCAGACUACCGCCCUUGUACCACCACGACAACCUGCUGUACACCACCAAGAGCCCGGACUACUGCCUGCCGGACAAGAAGAGAGGCAGCCUCGGCACGAUCGGCAGGCAAUGCAACGGGAGCAGUUCCGGUUACGAGGGCUGCGAGUACCUUUGCUGCGGCCGCGGCCACGUCAUCAGGACCGAAGAGAUUAGGGAGAGAUGCGACUGCAAGUACAUCAGCUGCUGCUACGUAAAGUGCAAGACGUGCAGGCGGGUCGUGAAGACGUACGAGUGCAAUUGAGGAUACGAAGAAGGAGGAGAAGAUACGCGCGGAUCCAAGAGGACAAUUAAUACGCGAGCGAUGAUACGCGCGAGAGAGACCUUAAUCCACUACUCGAAAUAGGAACGCGAUGCAAUUGCACCGGCGAAUUAGACCGAUCGUAGAGACCGAAUUAAUCCCGCGCGGGACACGCGCGAGCGUGACAGUCUCGCGUUCAUCUCGAGCGGGAUUCACGCGUUCAAGAUGAAGAUGAGAAGAACUUGAUUACGCGGCUAAGAAAAAGGAGAAACGCGACGCUAAUUAUUGUUUAGGCGAUAAAUUAUUUACCGUGAAUGUGUAACUGGCAGUAUGUAAUAGGGGAGUUAUUUAUGGCGUACCAUUUGCUAUUUAUUCGAUGUGCGUGCGUGUGUGUGUCGAAGUGACGAAGCCCGUGAUUGUCGUCCGUACGACAAUCGCGGAACUUAACGUAUAAUUUCGUUCGUCGAUGCUUCGCGACUUUAGUCGUAGAUAUUAGGGCGAUGUACAUAGAAUAAUGGCCGACUUCAAUGUAACCCGCAAAUUACGUUCUACAAUACAAAUGCUUGAGAAAUCACA